AUGCGGCGCAAACCUCACCAGCCCUUCUCGAUAUCACGACAUAGUGCUUCCAAUCAAAGGCCGAUGGGUGCAAGGCGGCACCAACUCGGCUUGCCGACAUCAAAAGCAAUUAUCGAUCAAAGACUUAUCGAAGGUGCUCAGAUCUCCCAACCUUGGAGUAGACCUCGAGGCUAUGAAUCCGAGAACGUCGACCCCUAUAGCCAACUUGUUGGUCCAGAUUUGCAAUCCUUCCGUGGCGACGAUCAUCAGCUGGACGCAUUUGACCUCGAACUGCUUGCUCAGUCAGAUGAAAGCAACCGAAAUGCCUUGGGACAACCGGGUAACUUAAACUAUCCAUUGGUGCAACCGAGAAAUGAUGCCGCGAAGCAGGUAUCUCGAUUCUUCCAGAGUCUGAGGUCACCUUCUUCUCCGCUCAGUCGAUUGCAGCCCGGAAAGACAAUUGUGACACUGCGGGAGCAAGAGUGUCAAGCGAAGGGGCCAUCGAGACAGUACCACGAAGACCAACUAUCGCAUGAGGAAGAAUCGCCAUCACAUGGAAGUUCUACGCUAUCGAUUGGUACAACGCAGUAUCAAAAGAGCCCCUUCGAAAAUAUUCCCAUGUCAGUUCGAGGAAUUGUCCUCAUCUCGGUACAUGAGCUUCCGGAUAGCCACCGGUCCAUCUUUCAUUUCCCAGUAUUCAAUGCUGUACAGUCGAAAUGUUUCCAGCGUGUCUACAAGACCGACGACAAUAUUGUGCUGGCAGCUCCUACUGGAAGUGGUAAAACAGUCAUCAUGGAAUUGGCAAUCUGUCGCCUACUCAGCACCUUGAAAGACGAGCGCUUCAAGGUCGUUUAUCAGGCACCGACCAAAUCCCUCUGCUCCGAGCGAUUUCGGGACUGGAACAGAAAGUUCAUGUCCUUGGGACUCCAGUGUGCGGAGCUAACUGGCGACACUGAUCAUACGCAGCUCAGGAGUGUUCAGAACAGUCAGAUCAUCGUUACUACACCCGAGAAGUGGGACAGCAUGACUCGGAAGUGGAAAGAUCAUGUGCGCUUGAUGCAAUUAGUCAAGCUCUUCCUGAUUGACGAGGUUCACAUUCUCAAGGAGGCUCGUGGUGCGACGCUGGAAGCGGUUGUGUCAAGAAUGAAGACAUUCGGGUCGAAUGUUCGCUUCGUCGCUCUGAGUGCUACGAUUCCCAACUCGGAGGAUAUUGCGACCUGGCUCGGGAAAGACGCAACGAACCAACAUGUACCGGCGCACCGAGAGCACUUUGGAGAGGACUUUCGUCCCGUCAAGCUUCAGAAGUUUGUGUACGGUUAUCAGUCGCACAGCAAUGAUUUUGCCUUCGAUAAGUUAUGCAGUUCGAAGCUCCACGAUCUUCUAGAGCUUGCUCGUCUAUGGUCCAUGACCAACCCUCCGGCAAGGCUAUGGAAAGGAUCUGGCAAAUCUCUCGAAGCCCACAAUGCAGACCUCAGAACAACGCUGAUGGCAGGAGUUGCAUUUCAUCACGCUGGUCUCGACCCUGCUGAUCGCCACACCGUUGAGUCUGGGUACCUGCAGGGACAUAUCGCCGUCAUUUGCUGUACCUCAACCCUGGCAGUGGGGGUCAAUCUCCCAUGCCACCUUGUUGUCAUCAAAGGUACAGUUGGCUGGCAGGAUGGUGGCUGCAAGGAAUACUCCGAUCUUGAAAUGAUGCAGAUGCUUGGUCGAGCUGGUCGACCUCAAUUCGACGAUAGCGCCAUUGCAGUGAUCAUGACGAGAAAGGAACGAGUUCAACACUAUGAGAAACUCGUAUCUGGGUCUGAGACCCUUGAGAGCUGCUUGCAUCUCAACCUCAUCGACCACUUGAACGCCGAGAUUGGGCUAGGUACUGUCACUGAUGUCGAUUCCGCGGUCAGGUGGCUUGCUAGAGCCACAAAGGAUGAUGAAGACGAAAUGCUUCGGCAGAUUUGCGAGAAAGACAUCAAACUUCUGCAAGAGACUGGACUAGUGGCUUCUGAACGUCUCAAGUCCACACCUUUCGGAGAUGCCAUGGCUCGGUACUAUGUACGGUUUGAAACCAUGAAGACUUUACUCGCGCUGAAAACUCACGCAACUGUAUCUCAAUUGCUUUCUGCAAUUGCCGAAGCAGAAGAAUUCCGCGAGGUACGGCUCAAGGCAGGCGAGAAGUCGCUGUAUAAAGAACUGAACCGUGCCAAUGGCAUAAGGUUCCCGGUGAGAGUUGACGUAGCGCUUCCAGCUCAUAAGAUCCUAUUGCUCAUCCAGUCAGAGCUCGGGGGGGUCGAGUAUCCGGACGGCGAACAAUAUCAGAAACACAAGUUUGCUUUUCAACAGGACAAGACCUUCGUGUUCUCUCACAUCAAUCGACUCAUUCGAUGCGUGAUAGAUUGCCAAAUCUUCCUUGAAGACUCAAUCGCCACCAGAAAUGCCCUCGAGCUCGCAAGAAGCUUUGGGGCCAGGGUUUGGGAUAAAAGUCCUCUGCAGAUGAAGCAAAUCGACCAAGUCGGUAUCGUGGCAGUGAGAAAGCUUGCGGCAGCUGGGAUUACCAGUAUCGAUGCUCUGGAAGCUACAGAGCCCCAUCGCAUUGAUAUGAUCAUGAGUAGGAAUCCGCCGUUCGGGAUGAAACUACUUGGUCGUGUAGCCGAAUUUCCUAAGCUCAGAGUGAACGUAAACUUAGUAGGAAAGGAAAUUAAACCUGGAAAACCCGUAAAGAUACGAUUCAAGGCUGAAAUUGCUUUCAUGAAUGAGAAAACCCCGACUUUCUUCCAACGGCGACCCGUGUAUGUCUGUUUCUUAGCAGAGACCUCCGACGGCCAUCUGAUAGAUUUUCGGCGCAUCAAUGCAAAUAAACUUCAUCAGAGUCAGGAGAUACCUCUAGAUGCAGAGCUGAAGAGCCCGGAGCUACAUAUAACAUGCUAUGCAAUGUGUGACGAUAUCGCCGGAACUUUGAGAUCUGCGGAGCUGAAACCUGAGCUGCCAAAUGUCUUGUUUCCGUCUCGGCCAAGUGGAAGGCAAGCAUUGGAGUCGAUGCAGCAGCCUAGGAUGAAUGUCCCAAGCCGCGAUACCGACGAUACUCCCAUCAACGCAAAUGAUCGAGGAGGGGAUGAUAGUAUCGACAAUGAUGAUUGGCUUUUUGAUGACUUGCUGGAAAUAGACGAGGCAAGCAACUGGGCUGCCGUCAACCAGUCGACUGGAACAUCCCGCAGUCGGAUUGAGGAGAAAGGCUCGAAAGAUUGCAAAGCUGUGGCUCCAACUGCCGAAACUGAGAAAGAGCCGACUCGACUAGACAAUGGCAGAUAUGCGUGUAACCACAGGUGCAAGGACAAGACAACAUGCAAGCAUCUCUGCUGCCGAGAAGGCCUCGAGAAGCCACACAAAGUCGCCCGGAAGCAGUCUGCUAGUGGCAAUCAGCCGAAGAGCGGACUUAACCAGCUGACGCUCUCAGCCAGCAUUCCUAGAACAAAGGCUGGAAGGACCUCGACGAUUGAGACUCGGGAUAAGAGAAGUGGCAAGGCGCAUACAAAGGACGUAUCUUUACAAACGCAGGAAUCCACGGGUAUCGACUCAGACAUCACCGAUAUCGGGGACCUCUUCAACCUCAACUCCACGAGUCAUGUUUCCAAGCCUCAGUGUUCUUCGAGUGACUAUGGUGACGAUAGUUUUGACGACUUGCCCUCGCCAUCAAAGCUGCUGGAGGGUUGUAGUAUGGGCACAACGGCUCAAGUAAACGGGAAGACCGAAAACUCUGCUAGUAAAGGUUAUGAUAUAUCCGAGGCAGAUGAUACCUGGACCGACGUCGACGAUUUGUUCAUGUAUAGAGUUCAACCUUCAUCCACUGGCUCACCAGAACAAGUCAAAAACCACACUGCCACAUUAGCCACGGGAGAACAAGAACAGACUGCAGCACCACCGGAUCAUUCCAUGUUUGGCCGAAAUUCAGUCUCUAAUGGGAACGAAAUUCCAAGGGCUUCUGAGACCGACGUCGACAAAGCGCUCGAUCCAUCUCGAGUCUCAGAUGAGCACCGCGGACGAAAGAGGAAUCUCUCAUGGCAGUGUGAAGGAGCACACUCUUCCGAAAGAACGAAGAAAAGAACGAGGCACGACGAGCCUUGUCAGACUCCUCGCGGUCAAGUUGAAACUGCUACAGAGACAAACGGAAGCGUUCAGGGAUCCGCAAAUCUACCACAGGUGCCAAAGGACUGGGAUGACAUCGACCCUGGUUUGCUGCACGAAUUCAAAGACAUUGUCAAUUUUUUCUAA